AUGGCCAGCGGGACGGCGCCGGCGGGGGCCGAGCUGCUGGCCUUCGAGUCGUUCCGGGACUCGAGCUCGCCGCGCCUCGCCUACGGUUACGGGGACGACGGGCCGCUCAGCGUGCGCGAGCUGCGGGAGCGCGAAUUCGGCCGGCUGGCAGGUAACCCUCACAGUCAGAACCUGAGCAGCCAGCUCACCUACAGCACUGUGGAACAGGUGGAUAAGAUGGCCAGUCUGUACAACAUCCACUUGCGGACUGGCUGCUUCUGUAACAUGGGGGCCUGCCAGAGGCACCUGGGGAUAAGCGACGCGAUGGUCAAGAAGCACCUGCAGGCUGGCCAUGUCUGCGGAGACAACCUUGAUCUCAUAGAUGGGCACCCGACAGGGUCUGUGAGGAUUUCGUUUGGAUACAUGUCUACGGUGGAGGACGCCCAGGCUUUCCUUAGCUUCCUCAUAGCCACCCGCUGCUGCUCAUCCGAUGGCCGGCCCCUCCCUCAGGCCCUCCAUGGGCUGGCUGCGUCCCCUUCAGCAGAGCCUGGGGCUCCGAACUCACUUGUCUCACCUCAGGAAGACACGCUCACCAACUGCAGAGUUUGGGAAGGUUUUCCCACCAACGUGAGCGUGGUAGAUCUGUGCCCACCUGUGGCCGAGGCCAACAGAAGCCAGAAGACCCCCUUGGAGAAAGUGGAGGGAGCCCUGCCGGGGGGCCAUGGAGCACACGUUGUCACCAAUCUCUACCUCUACCCUGUCAAAUCCUGCGCUGCGUUUGAGGUGACCAGGUGGCCCGUGGGAAAUCAAGGGCUGCUGUACGACCGGAGCUGGAUGGUUGCGAAUCACAACGGAAUUUGCCUGAGUCAGAAGCAGGAGCCCCGACUCUGCCUGAUCCAGCCCUCCAUUGACUUGCGGCAGAAGAUCCUGGUGCUCCAAGCCAAAGGAAUGGAGCCUAUAGCACUACCUCUCGAGGACAACCACGGCCGGGCUCAGAUUUGCCAGAGCAAGGUCUGUGCAGACAGGGUAAAUACGUACGACUGUGGAGAGGAUGUUUCUAGAUGGCUGUCAGAGCUUUUGGGCCGUCGGUGUCAUUUGAUCAAACAAAGUUCAAACUUCCAGAGACACGCGAAGAAGCAGCAUGGAAAAGAUCAAUCUCCUGGAACAACAGCCAGCCUUUCAUUAGUAAAUGAAGCCCAGUAUCUACUGCUCAACCGAUCAAGUGUUUUGGAACUUCAGCACCAACUAAGUGCUAGUAAUGAGAAUGGAAAGGAGGAGUUAUUCCCACUGAGUGAUCUCAUCUUGCGUUUCCGGGCCAAUAUUGUGAUCAAUGGGACCAGGGCUUUUGAAGAGGAAAAAUGGGAUGAGAUUUCAGUUGGUUCCCUGCAUUUCCAGGUCUUGGGACCUUGUCACAGGUGCCAGAUGAUUUGCAUCGAUCAAAAAACUGGGCAACGAAACCAAGAUGUUUUCCAGAAACUUUCUGAGAGUCGGAAGAGCAAGGUGAACUUCGGAGUAUACCUGAUGCACAGGUCUUUGGAUUUGUCUUCUCCGCGUUUCCUGUCUGUAGGUUCUCAGGUGCUCCCUGUGUUGAAAGAGGACACAGAAUGCCGCCCGAUACCUGCUUCUGACAAACACCAGGACAUUGUCUCUUGAGAAUGUUUUGCGCACGUAUGGACGCUUCUCUCUCACAGUUGCAUCUGUGAUCAUGAAGGUCUGUGAUUUGGUUCAGUAAGGCACGCUCUGCUGAACAAGCAUCCUCCUUUUCCUUUUGUAGGUAGGGAACAGCUCUCACCUGUUGCCUUCAUCCUCCCAUUCAGUGUUUCCCAAAGUGGACGCUACUGCCCCCUCGUGGAGAGGGGGUGCUGGAACAAUCCAAUCGCUGUCACAGAGUGGAUGCCUACUCACAGCUACCCUAUGGGGGGGCUGCAAGAACAGAUCCAACCAAAACCCACUGCCAUCCGACUCCGACUCCUAUCCACCCUAUCGAACUGCCCCUGUGGGCUUCUGAGACUGUAACUUUAUGGGAGAAGAAAGCUUCAUCUUUCUUCUUCGG